AUGUCGUCGUCAUCGUCGUCGUCGUUGUCGCUGUCUCCGGGACGCCGUCCCUCGGCUGGGGCGCCCUUGUCCCCAGCCUCGACCGUCUCGGGCACGCCCACCGACGCCUCCAAGCCAAAGCGCGCGAGGACGAGCAAACCCAAAGUCAAGACAGGAUGCAAUAACUGCAAGCAGAGGAGAAUCAAGUGCGACGAGAAGCGCCCGUCGUGUGCCAACUGCCUCCGCUCAAAAAAGUCCUGCACCGGCUACCCGCCCCCGAGCCGCAGCGCCCGCCCAUUUGAGGAGAUCCGAAUCGCGCCGAAGCCACUGGCGGCAGCGAGUGCCCCUCCGCCUGGUCGCGAACCCAUCCAGCUGCCCCCACGGCGUGUAGCAAAGUACCAGCGCCGAACCACUCUUCCUCCGCUAACGCCUAGCACCCCGUCCUCUGCCGUCGCCAUUUUGCACACGCCCUCGACUACACUACCUUUUGACGAGACCGAGGGUCUCUAUUAUCGGCUGUUCCGUGAGCACACAGCGAAUGAGCUCUCGGGAUUCUUUGACUCGGCAUUUUGGGAACGCACCGUCUUGCAGGAGUGCCACUCCCAGGCCGCCAUCCGCCAUGCUGUCGUUGCGCUGGGCGCCCUGUAUAAGACGCUCGAGCAGUCAACCGAGUCGCCGCCCGGGUCGCCUGCCGGGGACGGCAAUUUUGUCGACCGUGCUCUGAGGCACUGGGAGAUGGCCGUCCGGCAGUAUUCUAACGCCUGCAACUCGCUUGUUUUGGCCAAGUCCGCAGAGUCGACGUCGCACCGGACCAGACUCAUGGCGAGCGUGCUGUUGGCGUGCUUCGACUCGUUUAUUGGCGACCACAAGCAAGCAAUCGUCCAGGUCCAGAACGGAUUGGCGUUGCUGGAGAUACUGCGAGCCGAGAGGAGGCGUGCCUUUGUUCCCAAGCCUGAAGAGCCGGUCGAGGAAGAGCUCAUCCAGAUAUUCACUCGGCUAGCGAUACAGGCCAAGUCCUAUGACAUGGCUUUCCACUUCCCUCACCCAUAUGUCGUGUGCCUAACCACGGCGGCCCAGGCGCAGGACCCGAGCUCCCCGUCGUCCGAGGGAGCCUCGCCUGUAUCACUCCACCAAGAUCCGAUUCCGGGCCGGUUCACAUCCGUUCUGGAAGCUCGCCUAGCCUGGGAUACUCUUGCCGAGCGCAUCCUGAGGUUCACCGAAACAAUGUUCAUGCACACGCAAAACCAGAUUAUGGGAGUUCUUCCGCAGUCGUUGCGGCAGUAUGGCGGGCAGUUUAAAAAGGACAUUGACUCCUGGUCAGACGCCUUUGAGCCAAUCCUCGCCUCGAGGACGGCGCCAGGCGUGAGUAGUCAGGAGAAGGCCGGCGUGGCGGUACUAAAGAUGACGCAGGUUAUGGGGCAAAUACUGUUCCUCAUGACUUUCAGCGAUACCGAGAUGCAGUUUGACAGUUUCACGAGCCAGUUCAAGGCCAUUGUUGACCUGGCCAUCGAGGUUGUGGGCGACGAGGAACGGAGAGCGGCCGCCAAGCGGUGCCCAGACCCGAGAUACUGCCGCCACCGGCGCCGCCAGGACGCCGACAUCUUUGGCGGGCACGAGUAUGCUGCAUGCCACAUCAAGCCGAGCUUCAGCGCCGACCUGGGUAUCGUGCCGCCUCUCUUUGUUGUUGCCACAAAAUGCCGUAACGGAUUGAUAAGGAGGCAGGCUAUCCAGCUGUUGCGCAGCAGUUCCAGGAGAGAAGGCAUGUGGGACAGCGAACUCACAGCCCGCAUCGGCACGUGGAUUGCCGAGGUCGAAGAAACCGAGGAUGCCCCAUCUCCAGUAGACAACUUCGUGAAGCAAAGUCCUUCACGCCCGUCCACGAGCGGCUCGAGCACCCGGCUAGGCAGCACUAUAGACUUUGGGGACAUGGCCCUUGGCCCUGGCGGGAAUGCAAAAUGGGAAUCUGGGCGACGAGGGAGCCCGGCCUCUAAUUCUGCCAACGCCGGCAGCAUCUUCUCGCGACCGCCGCGCGUCGCCGUACCCGAGGAGAAACGCAUACCCGAAGAGAAGCGCGUCAUGGUGCGCGCCGUCGAGUUUGACCUCCGCGAGCGCUAUGCAUUCGUCCAGCUCGGGUCUCGCGAGCUGCCCACGGGGACGCUCGACACAAAGACACGGGUGACCAAAAUAUGGUGGUGA